CUACCUUCAACUAAACGAGGCCUUAUGUUAAUUCCUUGUGUCCCAGUCUCACUCUCCAAAAAUCCAAAUCAAAAAAGUUAUCUUUAGUCGUUGAAUUGCAAGGCGUAUGAUUAAAUUGUUGCGCCAAACUGCGGUGCGACUGCCAUGGAUGAAGAAGAACAACCCAUCUUCAUUCAUUUCAAAAGGGCAAGGGUUUUCAGCCCAAGCUGCUCUACAAAAUGGAGAUUACUACUUCAUAGAUUAUGCAAACCCAGCAACUUCUUCCCCAUUUGAGGAGCUCAAUUCCCAUUUUUAUGGAAGAUCGAUUCAGGAAUGUUUAUUAACUCACGACAUUAUCAAAGGUCAAGCUUUACACUGUCAAAUUCUCAAGAAAGGUAAUUGUCUUGACCUUUUUGCCCAAAAUGUUUUGCUUAAUUUUUAUGUCAAAUCUGACCUUCUUCCUGAUGCAUGUAAACUGUUUGAUGAAAUGCCUGAGAGAGAUACCAUUUCAUUGGUUACUUUGAUUCAGGGGCUUGGUAAAGCUGGUCGCUUUACUGACGCUCUGGGGUUUUUCUCUGUGCUUCAUAGGGAUGGCCAUGAGAUGAAUCCCUUUGUAUUUACUACUGUUUUGAAAUUGUUUGUUAGUAUGGAACGGCCGGAAUUGGGUUGGAAUAUUCAUGCUUGUAUUUAUAAGCUUGGACAAGAUUGUAAUGCGUUUGUGGGUACUGCUCUUAUUGAUUCCUAUUCCAUGUGUGGGCUUGUGGAUAUCGCGAAGGAUGUCUUUGAUGGGAUUUUAUGCAAAGACAUGAUUUCUUGGAGUGGAAUGGUUGCUGGCUAUGUUGAGAAUGAUUGCUUUGAGGAGGCUUUGCGACUUUAUUUGGAGAUGCGGAUGGUGGGAUUCAUGCCCAACAAUUUUACUUUAGCUAGUGGCUUGAAGGCUUGCAUUGGUUUGGGGGCAGUGUGUUCUGCUAAGAGUAUUCAUGGGUGUGCUUUAAAGACUGGUUUUGAGAAGGACAACUAUGUUGGCAUUGCUUUACUUGGCUUGUACACUAAAUUUAGCGACUUUAGUGAAGCUGAGUUAGUAUUUAAAGAUAUGCCAAAAAAGGAUGUGAUCCCAUGGAGCUUCAUGAUUACGCACUGUGCACAGACUGACCAGAGUGAUUUGGCUGUUGAUAUAUUUCAUCAGAUGAGGAAAGCUUUUGUCAUGCCUAAUGAGUUUACUCUUGCUAGUUUAUUGCAAGCUUGUGCAAGCAUGGCCUGUUUGAAUAUGGGGAAGCAAAUGCAUUGCAUUGUCAUGAAGGUUGGCCUUGAUUCUAAUGUAUUUGUCUCUAAUGCCCUUAUGGACGUUUAUGCAAAGUGUGAAAGGAUUGAGGACUCUUUGGUAUUGUUUGAGGCCUCGGCAAACAAAAAUGAUGUCACCUGGAACACUAUGAUUGUCGGCUAUGGCCAAUUAGGGGAUGGCGAGAGAGCAUUGAUAAUGUUUAAGGGUAUGCUUGAGCACAACGUGCUGCCAACUGAGGUUACAUAUUCUAGUACGCUUCGUGCUUGUGCCAGCUUAGCGACAAUUGAUCCUGGAAUGCAGAUACAUGCUUUUACCAUUAAAACAAAAUUUGACAAAGAUAGUGUAGUCGGUAAUUCAUUAAUAGAUAUGUAUGCCAAGUGUGGAAACAUCAAGCCUGCUCGUUUAAUAUUUGAUACAAUGGGAAAGUGGGAUGAAGUUUCAUGGAAUACUAUUAUUUCAGCAUAUGCAAUGCAUGGCCUUGGAAAGGAGGCACUAAUAAUGUUUGACAGGAUGCAGGGAACAGACUGUAAGCCAAACAAGUUAACUUUUGUUGGUGUUCUUUCAGCUUGCAGCAACAUGGGACUAUUAGAUGAGGGACAAACUUAUUUCACCUCAAUGAUCAGUGAUUAUGGAAUAGAACCAUGCAUAGAGCAUUACACAUGUAUGGUUUGGCUUUUGGGGAGAUCAGGGAAUCUUGAUAAGGCUAUGGAACUGAUUAGGGAAAUGCCAUUUGAACCUAGUAUCAUGAUAUGGCGUGCUGUUCUUGGAGCAUGUGUCAUACACAAGAAUGUUGAGCUUGGAAAACUUGCUGCUGAACAUGUGCUUGAAAUGGAUCCACAAGACGAGACAGCUUAUGUAUUACUAUCAAACAUUUAUGCCUCGCUAAAGAGAUGGGGGCAUGUAGCUCAUGUCAGGAAAAGCAUGAAAAAUAAAGGAGUCAAGAAAGAACCAGGAUUGAGCUGGGUCGAGAUACAAGGUGAGACACAUUUCUUCACUGUAGGUGAUACAUCACAUCCUGAUAUCCGGUUAAUAAAGGGGAUGCUUGAAUGGUUGAAGAUGAAAGUCAAUAGAGAAGGAUAUAUUGCUAAUUGCAAUGUGAUUCUGCUCGAUGUAGAAGAUGAAGAAAAAGAGCGCCUCGUGUGGUCGCACAGUGAAAGACUAGCUUUGGCCUUUGCUUUAGUUAGGACACCAUUGGGUAGUCCUGUGCGUAUACUUAAAAAUCUCCGAAUAUGUGCAGAUUGCCAUGCGGCAGUUAAGCUUAUAUCAAAGGUUGUUCAGCGAGAAAUUGUCGUCCGAGAUAUAAAUCGGUUCCACCACUUUGAGGAUGGCAUCUGCUCCUGUGGUGAUUAUUGGUGAACCCUUGUAGAGCUACGAGUUUUAAACACUACAUGUUUUAUCUUUUGCACCGGUCACACAAUUGAAAAGAAUAUGUAGCCUGAAAUUUUCUUUCAUUGAUGGAACAUCAUCUGGCCAUCUACAUAAGUUGAUAUGGAGUUAGAUCAAGCUGAUUUCAGAUGCUCGUCAAAAUUUUCAAGUCACCAGUAUGUGGAUGAUUAAAAUGCAAAUUCAGAUGAUGCAGCAGAGCCAUCUUUUUGAAGACGAGUCCAUCUUUCAUCCCAUUGGACUAAAGAUACGCUCUGAAGCUAUUUAAAAUGGGCAUGAAUAUGUGAAGGCGAUCAAUUCCUCUUUAGAAAACUUAAAGUUUCAUGAAUCCCGCAGUGUUUUAUAGCUCCUUAGCAGCAUGUCUCUUGAUUUAGGUGUUACUUGAAGUUCCCAUUAUCAAGAGACUACAGGUGAUUAUGAAUGGAGUCUGGAAGACGGGAAACGUUCCUUACCAGGCAGAAUAUAUGGAACAAAAUUUCAACUCUUUGGGGAAGGAAUUCCACAUCAGAAUUGGACUACCUUUUGUAUGCAGCUUGUCCAUAAACAAGUUGCUGAAGCACUUGCAUCAGCUGCAGCUCUAGCACGUAACCGAGUUUUGGCACCUUGCUUCACAGAAUAGGAUAUGCUGAUUUGUGCUUGUGAAUUAUAAUCCAAUUAUUUUGGGAUAUUGUAUACUUCCACAUACAAGUAGUAGGUGUUAGAGGGGGACAUCAACCUUCCAUAUCUUGGUAGUAAGUAAUAAGGUGGUGGCGGUAGGCAAGUAGGCAACUUUCCUAAGUUUUGCGUUGCCUGUAAAUAAGAUUGCAUUCAUUUUUGCAUUGUCCA